GGGGCGCGUCUAAAGGCGAGGUCAGGGAACAAGCUAUCAAAAAGUAGUUAGGGGGAAAAGCAAGACGCAGGAUACCCGAAAUGGCUACCUUUCUUGUCGUUAUUACGACGAUUCUUCUUACAUUUGGGAUAGUGUGGAUAUGCGGCCACACACGGAAAAGGCGAAAAGGGGAGCCUCCAUUGAUUACUGGUUGGCUGCCAUUCAUUGGUGUCACGUUGGAUUAUGUUUCAAACCCUUUAGGCUUCUUAAGAGAGACUCAGAAAAAAUAUGGGAAUGUUUUCACCUGUAAGAUUGCUGGGAAGUACUUCACUUUUGUAGCAGACCCUUUUUCUUUCUCCAUUGUGAUGCGGCAAAGCAAAAAUCUUGACUUUCAGAAGUUUGCUGUUGGUUUUUCACACCGGGUCUUUGGUCAUGCUGACUUUAGCUCUUCACUGUUCAGUGAGAGUUAUAGGGAAGUUCACAGCAUUUUUCGACAGACACUUCAAGGCCUGUCCCUGCAGCAGCUAACGGAGACCAUGCUAGGCAAUCUGCAGAUGGUUUUGGAACGUGGUCUACCAUAUGAGCAUGACUGGGCUGAAGAGGGUCUUCAGAGCUUCAUAAACCGCAUCAUGUUUGAGGCAGGGUUUCUCACUCUGUUUGGAAAGGAUGCAGGGUUUCAACAGGCCGAUGGCAUGUCAGGCACCAGAAUGUGCAUGCAGAAAGCGGUGCAAGACUUUUUUGCAUUUGAUCGUGCUUUCCCUGUACUGGCUGCAGGGGUUCCCAUUGGUCUGUGUGCAGAAGCAUGGCGAGCAAGGGAAGCCUUAGCAGAGGAACUGCUACAUGAUAAGCUUCAUCAACGGAAAUGCAUCUCAGAUCUGAUUCAGCGCAGAAUGGACGCAUUUGACCGCAUGCAUUUGGAUGAAACUGGAAAAGCAAGAACACACGUGUGCAUGCUAUGGGCAUCACAGGCUAAUACUCUGCCAGCAGCUUUCUGGAGCCUGUACUACACAUUGAGGUCUGUUGAUGCUUUCACCGCUGCUUGCACAGAGGUCAAUAGGGUUUUGUCAUGUCAAAUAAACAACCAGGACCAAACAAUCUGCCUUUCUAGAGAGCAGCUGGACUCUAUGGCUGUAUUAGAAAGUAUUAUUGAAGAAGCGCUUCGCCUGUCUAGUGCCUCCAUUAUGAUACGUGUUGCCAGUGAUGACUUUACGCUGACACUGGAUUCAGGUCAGACAGCUGAUGUGAGAAAAGGAGAUUACAUUGCUCUUUACCCCCAACUUAUACACUUGGAUCCUGAAAUCUACCCCAACCCUACAGAGUUCAAAUAUAACCGCUUCCUGGAUGAAAAAGGUCAACGAAAGAGUAAUUUCUUCAAAAAUGAGCGAAGACUAAAGCAUUUCUUGUUGCCGUUUGGUUCUGGUGCUAGUGAGUGCCCUGGCCGAUUUUUUGCAGUACAUGAGAUUAAACAGUUCCUCGCACUGACACUGUGGCAUUAUGACCUACAGCUUAGUGACCCUGAUGCCACUCUGGUUCCAGACAGUACUCGUGCAGGCCUGGGUAUACUGCCACCAUCACGAGAUGUCCUUUUCAGAUACAGAAGGAAAACCUUUGUAUGAUGGAUUGAAAUCAUUGAAAAUGUAGCAUUUCGCACAAAUGGGCUUAAUACAUCAGCAACACAAUAGUAAACUGCUUUACAGCAACAAUACAGCUUUUGUAUGAUGAAUAUUUGUAUAUUUGACUCUAAAUUGCCUACAUUAAAAUGCAUUCUUUGAUAAAUCAGGUGGACAUGAUUGUAGACAAAAAGUGUAAGAAAAGUAUUAUCUAUAACAUAGUGUCAUUUUCCUGGUUUGUCUGCACUGUAAAAAAUAGCCAGGAUGGCUCCAAUAGCCUUGUGGGCAACGUGCCGACAUAUCGCGCCAUUGCGCUUUGGGCAUCCCAAAUUCGUGUCCCAGCUCGAGGGGACUUCCCGAUCCCACCCCCUCAAUCUCUCCCACUUUGCUUCCUCUCUCCUCUACACUGGCCUAUAAUAAUGAAGUGAAAUAAAGCCAAAAAUAAAAAAAAUUACAGGGAAAUUACAGGAUCAAAAAGUGUAUUAUUUUACAUUAAAUUACUGUAGUCAGAAAUUUACUGUGAAAUCAAAGGACUGUGAAUGGACAGCAGAAUGAUGCUAACAUCACAGUAAUUUACUGUCCUUGUUUUACUGUAAAUUCACAUUAUAAAGUUGUCUUUAACUGUGCCACUGUGAGAAAUGUAUUUGUUUAUUACUGUAAUUGUUUUGAAGUCACCAUAAUGGUGAUUGAUGAUCCCAUUUGUUUGACAUUCAUAUUCAAAUGUCUGAUCUAGUCGUGUCAGAAGUAUGAUAAAUGAAAACAUUUGUCAAAAUAAUGACAAGCUAGAAACAUAGUGAUGCUGUUUGUUUACAAGAAAUUUCUGAGUGCAGUUAGAUACAAGAGAAAUCCCACUGUGAAAAGUGUAACUCGGAAUAUACUGUAAUUUGACACUAAAAUAAAAUGUUUAACAGUAUGCCAUUAUCAAAUGAUGGUAAUAUUUAGGCCUAUAUACAUAAAUAAAAUCUUUACAU